UUGAGACGAGCAAAAGCAACUGAGUUCCGACAGUGAACCACUCGCAUUGGAUUAAAACAAAAACUAAUCAUGUGGCUGCGUGUCGUGAGCUCGGAGCCCGGUUUAAGCAGUGCCUUUAGAGGCAUGACAGUGGCUGAUUGUAAUCGCUUCACUAAAGUUAACCUUAAAGGAUUAUUACAGUGGAACUGGUAAAUCCACCCCCCCCCCCCCCCUCCCCGUUACAUUUACCUUCGAGGGAUUCAACAUCUGGAAGACCAUUUUCAAUUUGCAUUCGUUCAGCGUCAGAGAGAGAAGAGAAACGGGCUUACUAUUGACAAGUAGAAAUGAUUGUAUCUAACUUAAAAAGCCAGCGGUGGAAGUGUUAGGUGAAUAAAAAGACAGCGGUCGAACCCCCUCUCAAAACCAAUCAUCACGCGGAGAUUCCACACAGCAAAAUUGGUGGAGAGAUUUGUGUCCCUUACUUUGCACGGGGCAAGUCUUUCGUGAGUUUUCGCCAGUGCAAAGGAGUAGUUUUCAGCUUCAGAGACAGAAAUGGCUGGAAAAGCUCAGCAGGCCUGGCAGCCUCUGUGGGAGAGAAAUCAAGAGUUUUAAGUUUUCUUCAGUGGGUUACCGAUGGGGGAAGCUAGCUGACAGAAUGAAGGGAGGGAUGGGGGGGGGGGGGGGUUGAACAGGAGCCAGCUCUUUGCUGCCCUCUGUCAGUGUCCCCUACAGCCGCACACACACACACACACAGAGACAGACAGACAGACAGCCCGUGACGUUGGGACCAUUUCGAGGAGGCGAGGUUUAAUGUGAUUGAAAAGUGAUCUUCAAGCCUCAUCAUCCAACUGCUUUGAAGAGAUUUCCCUCAGUGGUCAGCGCAGGCGAUAUUUCGGACCGCUCUUGAAGAGGAAGAUUUCUUCAUCUGGGCUUGCACUGAGAAAAACCAGCAAAAAAAAGUUGCGACUGGAAGUGAAUGGGAGGAAGAGGAUGCAUGAGAGAGAGAGAGAGAGAAAGGGGGGAAUGAAGGUCCAGUGAGGAAUGAGUGAGAGCAUCCCCUGAGCGGGCGUGCGGGGACAAGGGAAGAAGUUGCCCAAACCUUCCCGCUCCCCUCCCCUCCCCAAUGGAGAGCCCCGCUGCUCCACCAUGACUUGGGCAGAGUGGGCGAACCGCAGCCUGGACAGCAACGGCUCGGGGGCGGCCGGCAACAGGUCGGGCGCGGCCGGCUCGGCGCCCCAGAGGCAGGCGGUGGCGCUGGGGGUGGCGCUGGGCGCCCUGAUCGCCUUCGCCAUCGCCGGCAACAUCCUGGUGAUCCUGUCGGUGGCGUGCAACCGGCACCUGCAGACGGUCACCAACUACUUCGUGGUGAACCUGGCGGUGGCGGACCUGCUGCUGAGCGCCACCAUCCUGCCCUUCUCGGCCAGCCUGGAGGUGUUCGGCUACUGGGCUUUCGGGCGGCCCUUCUGCGAUGUCUGGGCGGCGGUGGACGUGCUCUGCUGCACCGCGUCCAUCAUGAGCCUCUGCACCAUCUCCAUCGACCGGUACAUCGGCGUCCGCUACUCCCUGCGCUACCCUGCCAUCAUGACCGAGCGCAGGGCGCUCUGGGUCCUGCUGCUCCUGUGGCUGUCCUCCCUGGUCAUCUCGGUGGGACCCCUCCUGGGCUGGAAGGAGCCCGCUCCCGCCGACGACACCGUCUGCAGCAUCACCGAGGAGCCGGGCUACGCCCUCUUCUCCUCCCUGUUCUCCUUCUACCUGCCCCUCACCGUCAUCCUGGCCAUGUACUGCCGCAUCUACGUGGUGGCCCGCAGGACCACCCGCAGCCUGGAGGCCGGGGUCAAGAGGGAGCGAGGGGGCAACCGCACCGAGCUGGUGCUCAGGAUCCACUGCCGGAGUGCGGCCGGGUCGGCGGAGGAAGCGGGCUCCUCUCUCAGGACCAGGGGCCAGGCUCUGCCGCCCCCCUUGCCCCUCCGCAGCUCCCUCUCCAUGCGCCUCCUCAAGUUCUCCCGGGAGAAGAAGGCGGCCAAGACGGUGGGCAUCGUGGUGGGAGUGUUCGUCCUCUGCUGGCUCCCCUUCUUCACCAUCUUACCGCUCGGUGCUUUCUUUCCGUCUAUCAAGCCCUCUGAUGUGGUCUUCAAGGUGAUCUUCUGGCUGGGUUACUUCAACAGCUGCAUCAAUCCCAUUAUAUACCCAUGCUCGAGCAAGGAGUUCAAACGAGCCUUCAUCAGGCUGCUGAAGUGCCAGUGUCGGAGGAGACGGCGGCCACCCUGGCGAGUGUAUGGUCACCGUGACUGGAGGGCAUCUACCUACAGUUCGGAGCGCAGCUCCGAGGCUGAUGUGCUGAGCAGGUCCAUCGGGAGCUGCAGGACAUUGUCGCUGAACAGUUCCUUUGCGCUGAGCCAAAGGCACCGAGGGAGCAGCAGCAGUGAGGGCAUCAGUGGAAGCAGCGGCACCAGUCGGACACUCAGCCUUCACGGCUGGAAACUCUUCCCAUCCUUCUCCAAAUCACCCUUCCAACUCCGAGAGAAAAUGAACAACCUCUCCAACAAAAUCCGAAUGGGACAGCACAGGCCCUGCACAUCAGCUGCCAGUAAGGUAGACAAUGUCCCAGUGGAGUCCAUCUCCAUCGGGGUAUGCCAGGAAUUCAAAGAGCACACAGCUUAUCAAAUAUACGAAGUCACUGACUGUUAUGGACUGAAAGAGACGGAUAUUUAAGAUUUCACCAUCUGCCAGAGUAGGAUUCGAACACAGAUCCCCAGAGCAUUUGUAUAAGGUCCUGGAUUAUUUACUUAAUGACAUCACCACUACACCACGGACCUUCGGGUGACCAUCCUCCAAGUUGGACUUCGGGACAGGCAGCAGAGGAAAGUGGCCGAG